AUGAUGUCGGCGAGGGCCGGCGGGAUUUGGUGCCGGUUCUGGGGGAUGAAAGCGCUCUGCUCCCCCAAGCCAUCCCCAUCACCCACCUCCCCCAGCCCGUGGGUCAUCGCCCCGGCACCAACGGCCACCCAGCCACCCUCGGGCUCCUCCAUUGGUAAGGGACCAACCUCUCUCUCCCCCAAUGCCACCCUCGGGCUCCAAGGCCAUGAGGCAUGCCUGGAGACAGGCACUAGUUCCCAGCCGCACACCUGUGUCAUCGAGGAGCAGCCACCGAAGGCCGCGGAGGCAGGGGAACUUCAGCGCCCAUCAAAGCGCAAGAGGGGGAAGCGCCGGUGGAGGCCUAGGCAGCCUAUGCGCCACAACGAGCAGGCUCUGGAGCAUAGGCGCGCUCUGGCAUUGCAGCGCUUGGGAUGUCAUGCAGGCAACAACGAGCGUGCCCCUCCUCGUGAGCCCACCACCGACUCGGACCUUGACGUCACUACCACCCCACGCUCCUAUGCAGAUGUCGUCCGCCAGAGCUCCCCAGUAUGGGUGGUCCGUCCCCUACCGGACACCCGCGCUGAGGUCGAGCUGCCGGCGAAGGCUUCUGGCGAGAUCCAAGGUACACGGCGCGCUGGCCUGCAACGGCGAAGGCGCAGGCGCAGGAGGAAACCACAACACGCAGCACCGCAAGAUGGGCAUGCUCGUGCCACCGUUGCGCUCGGACUGGGCGACCACAGCACAGUGGGCCGUGGUGCCGCCACACGCAUCCUAGCCCACUAG